UCUGUGUUCAAGUUUUGGUCUCUCUUUUCGAACAGAGAAUCCUAAAAACAGUUUACGAGAUUUUGAUUGUAUCUAUGUUUUUUUUUGUAAAGAUGUGAAUUUGUCCGUCUUCUCUCUUUCUUCAUCUCUCUGUCUUUUCCAUUUGGAUGUUGUACUGGAAGCUUUGACUGUGACUCUUUUAACCGAAUAUUUAUUGCCGACCAACCUCAGACAAAAAAGCAGGUCUCUACUAGAUUCUAAACUGUCGAUCUUCAGAAGGAAAAAAAGGAUCUAUCUUUUUAGAAAAAUUGGGGAUUUUCUCUCCGGGAAUUCAAAUGGGUCUGUGUAAUUCGAGAAUUGAUAAGACGACGAAGGAGAAAACCGGAGCAACGAGCACCGUCGCUACCACAGCGGAGAGUCAAGGCUCCGGGCGGCGACGGAGGCCGAGAGAUAUAAAUAGCGGCGGCGAAAUCGAUGAGAUUAAACAGGUGGUGGGUCGGCUUGUUGGCAAUGGUUCAAGUGAAAUGGCUUGUCUUUAUACACAGCAAGGCAAAAAAGGAACAAAUCAAGAUGCCAUGCUUGUUUGGGAGAAUUUCUGCUCGAGAAGGGAUACAGUGUUUUGUGGUGUAUUCGAUGGACAUGGUCCCUUUGGUCAUAUGGUUGCACAGAGAGUCCGAGAUAUAUUACCUUUCACAUUAUCAACACAAUUAAAAAUGGCCUCGGUCAUGGAACAGAGCAGCUCCAACGAUGGCCUCGACUCUGCUACUUGCAUAGAUGAAGAGCAAUGGUGUGAGUUACAGCCAAGUGAGAAGGACGGAAAGCUACUUCCCGAGAUGUAUCUCUCACUGAAACGGGCAUUGCUAAAGACUUGUCAACAGAUGGAUAAAGAGUUAAAAAUGCAUCCAACCAUCAAUUGUUUCUGCAGCGGAACAACUUCUGUCACCGUGAUCAAACAGGGUAAGGAUCUGGUGGUGGGGAAUAUUGGUGACUCAAGAGCUGUUCUUGCUACAAGAGACGAAGACAAUGCUCUGAUUGCUGUACAAUUAACCAUAGACUUAAAACCCGAUUUGCCAAGUGAAUCCGCAAGAAUCCAGAAAUGUAAAGGUAGAGUAUUUGCCUUACAAGAUGAGCCUGAGGUUGCGCGUGUGUGGCUACCAAACAGCAAUUCACCUGGUCUGGCAAUGGCUCGAGCUUUCGGAGACUUCUGUCUUAAAGAUUACGGUCUUAUCUCUGUUCCGGAUAUCAACUACCGCUGCCUCACUGAAAGAGAUCAGUUCAUUAUUCUAGCCACUGACGGGGUAUGGGAUGUUUUGUCGAAUAAAGAAGCUGUUGAUAUUGUGGCUUCAGCUCCUUGUCGAAACACUGCGGCUCGUGCUGUAGUUGAUACAGCUGUUCGAGCGUGGAGGCUCAAGUAUCCUACUUCCAAGAACGAUGACUGCGCUGUGGUAUGUCUCUUUCUCGAGGAUUCCUCGACAGCAGCAUCCAUGGAAGUUUCAGAAAGAACCAAUCAUUCACACAAAGAGUCUACAGAGAGUGUCGCUAUGACAUCAAGCAAAGAUGGUGAGAAAAAUGAAGAGGCUGUAAUAGAGACCGAUGAGAUUGUACCAGUUUGGGAGUCUAAAGAAGAAAAAAUGUCUGAGAGUUGCACGAUUGAGUCCAAGAAGACAACACUCGCAGAAUGCAUAUCGGUUAAGGAUGAUGAAGAAUGGUCGGCGUUGGAAGGCUUGACUAGAGUUAACAGUCUCUUGAGCAUUCCCAGGUUCUUCUCUGGUGAGCUAAGAUCAAGUAGCUGGAGAAAAUGGUUGUGAGUCAGCAAAACUCAAACAAACAAACAAUCACUGAUUUUCAUUUCAUGAUUGUUUUUCUUUCCAGUGAUGACAUGAAAAUCGGUGGUAGCAAAUGUUACAAUAUGUUCAUUGUUUCAUAUAGCGAAUUCGGACGAGUUUCUUCGUGGAAGACCUCUUACAAAUACGUUUAUAUCUCUA